AUGGCGGAUUCAUCGCGGGUCCAGUGUUUUCGUUGUGGUGGUUUCGGUCACUUCUCCCGAAACUGCGUCUGGCCCGGUUUCGGCGGCAGGGGCGGUGCUGGUGGCGGACUACCCCGCAGUCUUCCCCCAGCCGCGCACGCCGCCGCGGUAGGCGACCGCAACGCGCGCGCCCUCUGCGCCGCGUGCGGGCACUUCGGGCACACAGAGGCCAAGUGCGGGCGCGACCUCCCCAUGGGUCCCCUCCCGCCGCACCCCAUGGGUCCCCACUUCCCCCACCCCGACCUCCACCGCCCUUUCGAUCCGCGUUUCCCUGGCGGAGCCAUGCCGCGCUGGCCGCGAAUUCCGGGAAUGGACGACGAUCCACGUAGGCUGUACCCCAGGGGCCCUGCUGGUUGGCGCGGGCCUCCUCCUAGAGAUGACACGUGGCGACCCGCGCGGCGGGAUAUACCCGGGAGGGGGGACUAUGGCGCGGAUGCGGGGGAGCGGGAGGAUAGGCGCGGUCCAGGGUGGUUGGAAGAGGCUGAAAGGGGUUUCGCUAGGUCCAGAAUAGAGGCUGGGGAGAUUCGCGACGAGGAGGCGGGGGAGAGAGCAGGGAGGGGGGGCGACGAGCGAUGCAAUGGUGGGCAAUUUCCCCGGAGGCUAGCGGGAGGCCUUCACCCUGGGCCGUUGGAGGGGGGGAGCAGCGAAUUCAGGCAGCCGCGCAGCAGAGAGCGCAGGGACGGGGAUGGCGGAGGGAUGGGGGAGUUUGCGGGUGCGUAUGAUGUGAGGCUGGGGCAUGGGCGCGGCGGGGGAUUUCCGCAUUCUGGUGGCGCAUGGGCGGAGGAUUUUGUUCCGCUAGGGUGGGGGGAUGGGUGGGGCGGGGAGAGCUCGGGGGUGUGGCAUGGCGCGCUGGAUGCGGGCGCGGGCGGCGCUGGUGGCGGGCCUGGCUGGGGCGCUGGCGCGGAUAGGGAGGUGCGCGGGGAUGUUCGGGGGGAAGGGCGUGGGGAGUUUUCUGGUAGGCGGGGGGAGCGGGGGAGCUAUGGGGGAGCUGAGCGGGAGGGGCGGGAAGGAAGGGCUUAUAACGGGUAUGAAGAGUGGGAGGGUGUGGAGGGAGAAGGAAGGAGGGGGUGGGGGAGGAGAGGGGUGGAGGGGCAGAGAGAGGAGGUUGAGAAGGGCGAGGUAAGGGAGAGAGGGGAUCAAGCGGAUGAAGGGGAAGUGGGGGUGGAUGAGAGAGAGGAGGGGGAGGAUGUGGAAGAGGGAUGCGUAGAGGGGUCCGUAGAGGGACGAACGGAGGGAAGAAUGGAGGGAAGAAUGGAGGGGAGGGAGAGGCCAUUAUCUUUGUCGCCUAAGAGACGAGCCUCUAAGAGUCCUCUUGAGAAUGGGCCUGGAUUGAGCGAGCAUGGUAAGCUAGACAAGGAGCGGGCGAGUAGCAAAGUAGAUGCUGAAAGGCCGCAAGAGGAGAAAGCAGGGAGCUUGAAGGACGAAUCGGGGGCGUCGCGACCUAGGAAGGAGGAUACGGCAGUGGGAGAUCUAGUGGCAAUGACUAUUGAGAAGGUGGAUCGUGGUCCUGUGUUGAAGCAACAUGUGGAUGAGCAGGAGGCUGGCGGUGGAAAGGCUGCUUUGGAGUUGACACACAAGUCACCAGAGGAGAGGGCUGGUGAGAAGGCAGCUAUGGAGAGGGCUGCGAGUGAGGUGGUAGUUAGGGAUACGAUGACUGCUAGUGACACGGGUGCUAGGGAGACGGGUUCAAGUGAGGGAGUAGGUAGGGAAGAAGUUAGUGAAACGAAGGCUAGGGAUAAGACUAGUGAGGCAGUAGAAGGCAGGGAACAGGUUAAGGGUGAGAAGGUGACUGAAGCCUGUCUAAUUGUACAACGUGAAUCAUCACCUGUGCCGUCGAGUCGACCUCCAGGUGAUUCUUCAGGUGGUAGUUCACCCAAAUUACCUGCUAGGCUUGCUUCUGGCAGUGCUGCCUCCGAGCCUGCCACCGUACCAGCGGCCAGCAUCCCCAAACCUGAGGGAGCUUCCGAGCCUGCCACCGUUCCUGACACCACAGCUUCCGAUAUGGAGGCGCGGGCUUCCAAGGCUGCUGCUGGUGCCGAGCCUGCUGCGGCCGAGCCUGCACUUGCGGAUAGGGUUUCAUUGCAGCUCUGCCCCUCGUUCUCCCGCCCGUUUGGUGGGUUUGGAGAAGUGGGGGGUACAGACGGGCCGUGGUGGCCUCCCAAUGCUGGGAGAGAGCCUUUAAGUAAGGAGCAAGCAAGUAAAGAGCAAGUGAGUGAAGAGCAAGGGGAACCGGUUGGGGGUAGUGGCCUGGGGGAAGGAGCUCCUGCUAGAGUAGAGGGGGAAGGUGGUGCGGUUGGAGGUGAAGGAGAGGGCGUGACAGGUGGAGAUGCAGGGGAGCGCGAUGUGGGUAGAAAUGAGAGAGGAGAGGGACAGGUGGAUGCUGGUGGGGAUAAAGGGGGGAAGCAGCUGGGUGAUGCAGGGGCUGUGGCACAGGCAGAGGAGGGUACAGCAGGGGUGAAUUUGGGUGCAGAAGGGGCGGAGGGAGGGGAAAAAGCGGCUGGAAGGAGUUUAGAUCCUUGUAGAGGCGAUUGCAGGGAGCUUGAGGCACAGAGGCGUGAGGCUGGAGGAGUUGAGGAUGGGAGUGAUCAGGCUGGGUGCAACAGAGGGGUGGGUGAACGGAGGCUGGUGGUGGGAGGUCCCGUUGAUGGGAUGCAAUCGGAGGAAGAAGUGCAAGGGAGGGGAGGUAUAGAGACAGGGAGGGAAAGGGGUGAGGAAGUGAGGCUUGCAGAAGGUGCUGUUGCAGCAGGAGCCACGGUUGUGACUGAUUCUGAGGUGGCAGGUGCUGAGGCGGCAUGUCUGGAGGUGGCAUCUGUUGAGGUGGCAGGUGCUGAGGUGGUUACUGCGGAGUUGCAGAGUGUGGAUGAGAGGGUGGAGAGGUUGAUGCAAGGCGUGGUGCUCGUGGCUGGGAAAGAGAAGGACAUAAUUUUUGAGCUGCUGAGUGCAGCAGCAACGUUGGUGGAGGAGCAGUUGGAGAAGGAACUGGGAAUCCUGUGCGAACCUGUCGCUGGUACUGGUGCUCCACUUGCAAGCACUAGUCUCUCCCUUCAAGCGUAUGGUGAGCUUCCGAGCCCAUUGGGAGGUGCAGCAGGCAGCAUGGCAGAGCCAUGGGCAUUGGAUGAGCCGGCUGCAGCGUCCACCAGGCGAGGCUCGUCCCUCUCCCUGCAAGCAGCAGGCUCCUCUGUUUCGCUGCAGGGCGCGAGGGAGUCAGGGGUUGACAUGGCUGCUGCUGCUGCGGAGCUGGUAAUGCGGAAUGCGCUCUUGGUUCAGCAGUUUGGCCUGGCGAUCCUGGGAGAAGGUGAACCUGAAACUGUAACUGGAAACGAACCUGGUGUCGAACCUGGUGCUGAACCUGAUGCAGAACGUGCGGCCAGAGUUGAACCGAAGCUGGAGUUAGCUUCUCAGGGUGAGGGUGCUGAAGAGAAGUUGGGGAGAGAGAGGCAUGCUGGGACGGUGGAGAGCGGUGCUGUGGUUCAAGGGGAGGUACCAGGGUCAGCAGCUACAGGAGCAGCAGCAGCAGAGGCAGGAGCGGGCACACGAGAAGCAGGAGGAGCAGGAGAAGAAGGAAAAGGGGCAGGAGAAGCAGGGGCUGCUGUUGGGGCUGUGCGCGAAAGAAAUGGGGGAGGAGGAGAGGCGAAUGGGGUGGGGCGAGAGGGAGAGGAGGGCAAACCCAGGGAGGUGGAUGGUGGUGCCGACUUUGGUCGCAUUUUCAACCUGCUGACGGCUCAACUGGAGCAGCAGCACAUGCAUUCGCUACAGCAAGACUUGUUAGUGGAAAAGGACUCGAAACACGAGGGAACGUGCAUGGAGGAAGCAUUUUCAGAUGCGCAGGGAGAGCUAGGAGCGGAGGGAGGGCAGGGCGGGAGCAGCUCAGUUGCUGUCCCGAGGUUUGUUCCUUUCGCUCUGAACGUUUCUCCCUUGGGGGAGGCGAGUGGAGACGAGAAGGAGGGCGAAACUGAGAGUGAGAGUGAGAGUGAGAGUGAGAGGAGUGAUGGUGGUGAGCUUGGUGGGUCGGCCCAGGCUGCUCUCAGGGAGACUGGGGCAAUGGCAGAAGAGGAAAGGAGAGGAAUGGAGUUGCGGACUGAGGCAGGAACUGAAGUGCGGGUUGGUGAAGCUGAGAGCAAUGGACUGUCUGGCGUGGGAGCUGGUGGGAAGCUUGGCAGUGGCGGUGGUGGUGGUGAUGGUGGGUCUGACCUACAGACCCAUAGCUCUAUGGAGGUUGACGGUGGUGCUGCUGUUCGAAAGGAUCCUGCCAGAGACGGAGAGAAGAAUGCCGGGAAGGUUUGUGCUGGUCGGGAUGGGGGAGUGGGGUUUGGAGAAGGCGAGGAGAGGGAGGAGCGAGGGAAGGAGACCGAGGAGGGAGGAAAGGGCGAGGAGCAGGAGAGAGAGGGAGGAAUGGGGGGUAAGGAGUCAGGGGAGGAUAGGUUUGGUGGAGAGAAGGAGAAUCUGGUUAAGAUGCAGGCAAGAGAAGAGAGGGAGGGGAGGAGGGAAGAUGGGGUAGCUGUUGAUGGAGAGAGCACGGUGGUGUCAAUCGAAGGGGAGCGUGCAGCUGUUGCUGCUGCAGUGGAACCAGUUAGUGGCAUGCAAGCAGCAAGUGUAGGGUUACCAGCAGCUACAAUGACGCCUGCUGCGCCUCUGAAUGCUGUGUCUGAUGCUCGCGUUUCUUCUAACUCUGAGCCUGCUGCUGAAGUGAAAGGCAAAGCACCAGGUUCUUCAGUAGCUUUGCAGCAGGAGAAGGGAACUGUUGUUGCUACUGCUGCUACUGCAAGAGCAGCUGAUGUGGGGAUCCCUGCCGCAGAAGCUUUACCAGCUGAAACUGUAUCUGCUGAGGCUGUAGCGGCCGAAGCUGGGGCUGUAGCAGGUGGAGUUGCAACUGCCAAGGCAGCACCCGCGGAGUCUGUUGCUGCCAAUGAAGCAGAUGCUAAGGCUGCUGCAUGUGCACAAGUGGUAUCUGCUGACCGUAUAGCUGCUGCUGCUGAUGGGGUGACUGGUUGGACAGAGAAAAACACAGAGGUAGGCGGAGAGAGGAAGCAGGGAGUAGGGGAUAGUGGUGAGGGAAGAAGUGAUUCAGUGGAUGGCAUUAGGGAGAGGAGAGGAGCUGAAGCGGGUACAGAAGAUGGAGAGGAGGAGGAAGGGGCGAGUCUGGAAGGUGCUGCCUCUCGUUCUCAUGAUCUUCCACAGCUGCAGGUGCAGCAGCGGGAACAGCACGAGGAGGAGGCGGAGGAGGCGGAGGAGGCGGAGGAGGCGGAGGAGAAGGAAGAAGGGGAGGAGAAAGGGGAGAAGGACGGGGAGGAGGAAAAAGAGCAACAGAAGGACAAGCAGCAGCAGCAGCAGCGGUGGUUGCAGGUGCCAUCUGAUCUGUUUUGGAACCGCAAUGCAGCAAAGGCAGGUCCGGUACUUAGGUCUCUCUUCCCAGGCAUAUUCACCACUAAGGGGCGCUUACCUAAGCAACAUUUUCUCAAGGGAAACUGGUACUACCGGGACGGUAUGGGCAAGGAGCAGGGCGGGGUGUCAUUCACGCGCCUGCAAUGGAUGGUCAGUGCAGGGUUGCUGGUGGAAGGAACGAGUGUGUGGCGCAAAGAGGACGACCUCUGGCUCCCUGUGGUGAAGCUCGCCCUGCUCACGCCCUACUUGUCACAGUUGCAGGACCCUGCGUUUGUUUUCGCCCUCGGGCUGAGAUUAGGGUUAGGGUUAGGGUUGGGUGUGGCCCCGCAGGUGCCUAUGGCUCGGGAUGGGUACCCCCUGGUAGUUCCGGGGUUGGAUGGGGCGGAAAAGGGGGUGGUGUUGCGUGGGCCAGUGUUUGCUGCUGGUGGAGGCAGGGAGGGAGUGGUGGAGGAGGAGGAUUGGGACCCUAGGCUGGACCGAGGGGUUACGGUGGAUGCAGGGAGGGGGAAACGCAGUUUGUUGGGGCAAAAGGAGGGGAGGGAUAGGGCUGAGAGGGGGGUGGUGUUGCGCGGGAAGGUGUUAGCUGCUGCUGGCGGCAGGGAGGGAGUGGUGGAGGAGGAGGAUUGGGACCCUAGGUUGGACCGAGGGGUUACAGUGGAAUCAGGGAGGGGGAAACGCAGUUUGGUGGGGCAAAAGGAGGGCAGGGAGGUGAGGGAAGGGAGGGAUGGGAGGGAGAAGAGUGGGGGCAGGGAGGGGGUAGAGAUGGAGGGGCGUUGGGAGGAUGUUGCUAGGGAGGGUGGCAGAGAGAUGGUCUUGGUGAGGAGUGCUGGGAGGGAGGAGCUCGUGGGUGAUGGGGGUCGAGGGGAUGGAGAUGGGGAUUCAGAGGAUGGGGAUGGGGAUGGGGUUGGAGAUGGGGUUGGUGAUGGGGUUGGGGAUGGGGUUGGUGAUGAGGUUGGGGAUGGGGUUGGUGAUGGGGUUGGGGAUGGGGUUGGGGAUGGGGUUGGGGUGGGGGAUGGGCUAGCGAUAUUGGUGCAGGCUGGGCUGCAGUCUGCCGCGUUAAGAGCUACUCCAGAACCAGAUAGUAGACUACAAUGUGGGAAACGUCUGAAUGAUAUGGGUAGGGGUUGCAAGGAUGAGGAGGUGGAGGAGGGGGAGGAAACGUGGGAGAGGAUUGGGUUGAUGGGGGAGAUGGAGGGGAAGGUGGGAGGUGAGGGAACGGGGGAGAGGAUUGGGGGGAUGGAGAGGGGGGUGGGAAGUGGGGAUUGUGAGAAGAUGGAAGGAGCAGAGGCGGAGGGGAUAGGGGAGGGGAUGAUGGAGGGAGUAGGGGAGGGGAUGGGGGAGGCGGAGCAAGGGGUGGGGCAUGGUCUGCUGUUUCUUGCAGCAGCAUGGGAGUCGGUAGGUGGGGAAGUGGGUAUGGGAGGGGAGAAGGAGGAGAAGGGAGAGGGGCAGGAAGAGGAGAAAGCAGAGGAGCAGGCAGAGGGGCAGGCAGGCAAGAAGGCAGGGGAAGAGGCAGAGGAGAAAGAAGGGGAGAAGGGCGGGGAGAAGGGGCAGCAAGAAAGACCACUCGGGGAGGAAGGUUCUGUUUCUCACUGUGUCCAAGGACCAAGGGGUGCUGGCAGUGGUGGGUCAUCCUGUCCUCUAGUGGAGGGGGCUGCAGCAGCAAGGGGAAGAGGAAAAGAGGAUCUGACUAUGGGAAAUUUCAAAAAGGAGUCAGCUGGGAAGGGGGAGACGGAGGCGGGUGAUAGCAGUGCUGUAGAUUUGGAUGCUGCCUCAGGGUUGGGUAUCGAAGGAAGGGUGGGUACGGGUGCAGGAGAGGGGCCGAUGGGUGGAGGUGCAGGCACUGUAACAGCAGCAACAGCAGCAGCAACAGCAGCAGCAGUAGCAGUAGCAGCAGCAGCAGCAGGUGCUGGCACUGUAGCAUCAGCUGAUGGUGGAGCGAUGCUGGUAGGGGGUUCAACAGCAGGGGCUUUCUCAGGGUGUCUGCCCGAAGUGGGGCAGGAAAAAGAUUUUCUCGAGCUGCCACAGAAAAGUCUGGCUGAUGUGGGAAAGGAGAAGGAUUUUGUUGAAAUGCCGUUCAGCCGCUACUCCCGUCGCAGAACCAUGGGAGUUGUUAAAGCCCAUGUGCAUGCCAGUGCCCCUCUUGGCCCCUCCGUAGCCUCUCAUGUGAUCCCUAUAGCCUCUGUUCCAGCUCCCACUACUGAGGUCGUUGCCUCUGAUUUGUUUGGUGCAGCUAGCGCUAAGUCUUCAGGUUUUGGUGCUGCUGCUCCCUCCGUUACAGUCACAGCAACCGAGGGGAUACUAGGGAAUCGCAGCAAGACGGAGGGGGAGGAUGUGACUGAAAAGGAGGUGAUAACCCUCCUCUCCUCAGGCCUCGUUAGUCCAGACCCCAUUCGUGAGCCUGUUCUUUCUACGGGGCACUGUGGGGGGGAGGGUGGGGAAGAUACUACUGGUGAAGGUACAACUGGUGCAGGUGCAUGUGAGGGGCUCGGAUGGAGGAUGGAGAUGGAUGGGCAUGAGGCCACAGGAUGGGGACGCAGGGGACAAAGAGAGGUGGGAAGCGGAGAGGAGGGAAAUGGAGAGGAGGGGCACAGAGAGGAGGGGCAUGGAGAGAAGGAAGUGUGUCCGGACGAGCGGCAUGCAGAAGGGGAGCAGCAGUACGAAUCAAUACCACAUGAGUAUAAGCCGUGGGUAGGGCCAGGAGUUGGGUGGGCGGACAGUAGAGGGCUGUCAGAUGCAGAUGACUCACGUGUGGCCACUCCAGAGCUGGCAGGGGCAGCUGCGCUCACCACUCUUGAGGUUUUGCCUCAAAGGCCACACGAGUACAAGGCAUGGGCAGUGCCAGGAGGGUGGGGGGAUGGUAGGGGUUUGUCAGACGCAGAUGACUCACGUGUGGCUACUCCAGAGCUGGCAGGGGCAGCUGCUCUCACCAUGCUGCUUCCCUCUGCUGAGAUGUUUGAGCUGACUCACAACAGGUCACCACUGAUUUACAAGUCACCAUUGACUCACAAAUCACCGUUCAUGGAGUCGAUUCACAAGUCACCGUUGGUUGACGCAGCUCACGAGUCACCAAUGGUGGAGUCGACUCACAAGUCACCUGCUGCUGUGGUCACUGUGCAGCUAGCAGCAGAGCAGGGAGAGGCAGGUAAGGUGGGAGCUCGCAAGGCAAAAGGAGAGCCCGCAGAGUUGAGAGCGGGAGGAGGAGGAGAGGCAGGAGAGGGAGGAGAUGAAGGGGAAGCUGCGUGCAUUGGUGAAUUCAAGGCUGGCGGUGCCUCACUUGCUACGGCUGCGACUGCUGCGUGUGCUGAUGGUGACGCUUCAGCUUCCGCCAGUGUUGGUGUUAACCCUGCUUUGAAAGCGGACGUGGAAUCACAAGGCUUCCGGAAAGAUGCUGAAGGAUUGGCUGGGGCAGCUGGAGGAGAUGGGUUAGGAAUAGGGAAGGGGGAGACGAAGCAGGGUGGGCAAAAGCAAGGAGAGGAGAAGCGGGGAGAGACGAAGCAAGAGGAGGAAGAACAAGAGGAGGAAGGGGACAGAGAGUCAGGGAAACUGGGGGAGUUUGCGGUUUGUGGCACUGACGGCAGUGGUGCAGCUGAUGGUGCUGGCGGUUGUGGUGUGGGUGCUGGUGGUAUUGCCGGUGGUGGUGCGGGUGGUGGUGGUAAUGCCGGUGGCGGUGCUGGUGGUAAUGCUGGUGCUGGUGCUGGUGGUGGUGCUGGUCGUAAUGCUGGUGGUGGUGCUGGUCGUAAUGCUGGUGGUGGUGCUGGUCGUAAUGCUGGUGGUGGUGCUGGUCGUAAUGCUGGUGGUGCAGAUGGAAUGAGUGUACCGCGAGAGAAAAGCAGCGGGUCAGCCGCUGCCGCUGCUUCACGGGAUGGGGGAGGAGCAGCAGAGAAACAGGGGCGGAAGGCACAGGAACGGGAGGAAGCACAGGGGCGGAAGGCACAGGAACGGGAGGAAGCACAGGGGCGGAAGGCACAGGAACGGGAGGAAGCACAGGGGCGGAAGGCACAGGAACGGGAGGAAGCACAGGGGCGGAAGGCACAAGGACGGGAGGAGGCAGCACAGGGGCGAGGUAAGCAGCAGCAGCAGCGCAGCCCCAUCACCCACCGGAGCCCCCUCAUUCAACGCUUACAGCAGCAGCACACGCAGUCCCCUAGAAGCAUGUCUCUGGAAUCCGGGGAGGUGUUACCUGGGGACACCAUAUCAGGAGGCGUAGACUCCCCUGUUUCUUGCGGCGCCAAGCCCACAGUUCGGAAAGGGGCGAAAGAGGAAGAGGAAGGGGAGGAGGCAGAGGAAGGGGAGGAUGCAGAGGAGAUACCCCGUGACCGGGCCUGUGGGCGUAUUCGUGGCUCCUUGACUGCCCUAUCUGCCCCUCCUGACCCUUCUGGCGCGUCUGACCCUUCUGCUCCGUCUGCUCGGUCUACCCUGCCUGUUUCGGUUCGGAAGCCUGUGGAGCUAGGGUUUCCGUACCUGCAGUCGUCGUUCUGGGUGCUGCCUUCUGCUUCGGUGGGGCGGGAGGUGCUGCCUCUCAUUCUGCCCGCGCAGCUGGGAGGAGGGGCUGCGCUGGCAGUCACUGGAGCAGCAGCAGCAGAGGAGGAGGAGGAGCAGGAGAGGCAGGGAGGUUAUGAGGGGCAGAUGCGGCAGAGGCAGGGGGAGCAGCAGCAUGUAGCUGCGGCAGCGGGGAAAGAGUUGGCCCUUGCCGCUGUGUCGAGUCAUCCUGUGGAGGGGGCAGGUUUGGAAGGACACGCAGUUGUAACUUUGGCUGCUUUCCGAGCCAAGAUCGCCAAGGCUGCACUUGCCGAGGCUCUGGAUCGGUUCCUGGCCACUGGGAGCGCCGAGCUGCCUGGACCUGCUCCCGAACCUCUGCCACAGGGUCGGAGUGCAGGUGGGGCGCUAAUCGGUCAGGUACGGAGGCAGGAGGUAGAGGAUCGGGACGAAGUGGGGAGGAGGGACAAUAAGGUUGGAAGAAAGCGGGAGGAGGAGGGAGAUGUAGUGUUCAGGGAACGGCAAAAAAUGAAGAGCCAGCAGGAGUUGUAUAAAACGAAGGGUGGAGAGUCGAGGAAGAGACAGCGGGGGGCAGGAGAAGGGGCAGCAGGGGUAGGUGGGGCGGGUGCGGCGGGUGGGGCAGGUGGAGCACUGAAAGGGCUUCCUGCAGUGAGAAGGAGGAGAUUCCUGAUGGGAGGAGACAGCAGCGAUUCAGAGGAGGACCAAGGAGUGGCGGCAGUAGAGGCUCGGAAGAGGGUGAAGCAGGAGGAGGGCGCGCAGGGAGGAAGGGAGCGGCAGAGGAAGGGGUUGGGACAAGAGGUGGCUGUUGAGGGGAAGGGAGAGAAGAUGGAAGGGAAGGAGAGGAGGGUGGUGAAACGGGAGUGGGAGCAGGAGGAGGAGCGGGUGGCGAUGCAGCAGGGGAAGGCAGGGAGGAGUGGGAGAGAGGGGAAUGAGGGGAGGCAGAUGCAACAGCUCGUUGCAGGCCCAGGGGAGGAUGGAGGUGGUUCAGGUGCUGCUGCUGCUGUUGAUGCCUCUGCUGCUGCCACUGGUGCUGCUGCUGGGCUGCAGCUGCUGGAUUUGUCCAGCCUUGGGGCUCAUGUGCAGGACUCUGCUCUUGUAUCGUUGGGGUUUCUCAACUCUUCCCUCCCACCCCCAUCCAACCCCGACCCCAUCUCAAUCCCCAUGUUCCCCAUUCUCAGAAGUCCGCCCCACAACUUCUCCAAGCGCUCUCACUCGCCCACUGCACCGCUCUCACCCCCACCGCUCUCCACCGCUUCCUUUCCUCUCGCCCAUCCCUCUCUGCCGUCAUCAUCACUGGUUGCCCCCGACUCGCCCCUCUCGCCGCCUCCUUCCCACACCUCCUCUUCCUCACCCUCUCACCUGCACGCACACUUGUCCGAGCCCCCACGAGGAGCCCCACUGGCAGCAGCAGCAGCAGCGUCACUGGCCAGGGCAAUCGCAGCAGCCAAUGUGGACGGGCGGUCACAGAAGGGGGGUGCCCGAGCUUCUGGGGGGGGUGGAAGGGCAGCAGGAGGGGGAGUCUCACGUGGUGCUGCUGGCGCUGGUGCCGGUGCUGCCCGUGGUGCUGCUGGUGCUGCUGCUGCUGCUGCUGGUGGUGUUGCUGCUGGUGGUGGUGGUGCUGGUGGCAAGAGGUUGGGUAGAGGAGCAGGGGGAGGGGUGGGGACUGGAGGGAGUAUGGCUCAUCUGCCUGUUGCUUCAUCGAAUGCGGGCAGUGGUCAGUCCAGUGCCGCUGCUGCUGCUGCCUCUGCUGAUUCCGGGGGGAGAAGCCAUGGGAAUGCAGGCAGGGUAGGCGCAGGAGGAGCAGGGGGGGCAGCGGGAGCAGGUGGGGCAAGGGGAGCAGGAACAGGGGGAGCAGGAGGGUUGGGGGGCGGAGAGAGGGGUUGGGAGAGGAGGGGCGUGGAGAGACGGAGGGAGACAGAUGGGGAUGGGAAGUGGGGGAAGGACAGGCUAAGGGGGGGCAUGGAAGGGGCGGGUAAGGACAGAGGCAGGUCGGAUCUACAGCAAGAGAGGAAGAAGGGCGGCAUGCUGCCGCCCACUGGGGGGCGGCUGUCCCUCAAAUCCAGCUCAGGACAGGGCGCGCCAGGGGGAGGUAGACCUGGGGCAGGGCGGACUGGCGCAGGGGGAGGAGCCAGUGGGGGAGGAGGCUGGGGGGCGGGGGGGCAGGCGGGGGCAGGGGGGAGAGGGGGCGGAGGGGGAGGGGUGGGGGAGAGGAGGGAAGGGUUCAGGUCGCCGCCUGCAGAUGCAGCGCCAGGCGCAGCAGCAGGAGGUGGGGCCGGUCGCAAGGGGCGACUCUCCUUGGAUCUGCCCACUCUGGAGAGGCGGUUGAAGGAGGGCGUGUACAGUGACGCUUCUGGCUCCGCUGCUGCCAUUGCCCGUGCUGCUGCUUCGACUGGAACCACUGCAGCAGGAGGAGGAGGAGGAGCAGGGGGGAGUGCAGGGGGUGCCUUGACAGCAGUGGGAGGAGCAGGGUUGGCUGGUGGUUCUGCAGUGGUAGGGAGUGCAGCGGCAGUGGCGGCGGCGGCGGUGGCAAUGGGUGUGAGGGUGAACGGGCUCGCUCGAUUCGAGAGUGACAUUCAGCUCAUGUGUCGCAGCGUGUUCACCAACGUGAAUGACAAGUCCCCGAUGUAUCGAGCAGCGCGCCAACUCUUCGCUCUCAGCCGUUCCACCAUCGACGGCAUCAAGACCAGCUUUCUCACCUCCCUCCUCCCUUCCCCCUUAUCAAUUGAUGUGCAGCAACAGGGAGAGGAGGAGUCUGAGAGUGAGUCAGGCUCAGAUGCCCAGUCGUCUUGCUCCCUGGGUGGGUCUGUGCGGCCUGUGGGAGGGAGCCGGAAGGGAGGGAAGCAGGUGAAAGGGAGGGAAGGGAGGCGGCGGAAGCAGCAGCGGCAGCAGAAGAAGCGGAGGAGGAAGGAGGAGGAGGAGGAGGAGGAGGAGGAGGAGGAGGAGGAGGAGGAGGAGGAGGAGGAGGAGGAGGAGGAGGAGGAGGAGGAGGAGGAGGAGGAGGAGGAGGAGGAGGAGGGCAGGGAGCAGGGCGGGAAAAGCAAGGGGAGGGGCAGGGGAGCGAAACGAGAGGAGCGGACGGGGAGGAGGAAGGGAGAAGGGGCGGAGGCGAGGGGAGGAGAGCGGAAGGGCCGGGUCCGCACCAGUGCUGGUACAGCCAGUGCCGGCGGCACCGCCGCCACUGCCGUUGGGAGCAAAUCCGACAACUCAAAGGCAGGCCGGGCAGGGGAAGAAGAAGAGGCAGGCGAAACCUCCUCCUCCUCCUCCUCUUCCUCCUCAGAAGGGUCUAAGGGAUCGGGUCCUGUGGUGGUGGUGAAUGUGGCUGAUGAGGAGAUGAGGAGACAUUGGGGGAACAGGAUGACAAGAGCCGCCAUGGUGCCGCCAGUGACUCGGCAGUACGAGGUGGUCGAGGAGUAUGUGAUUGUGGAGGAGGAGGAGGGCGUGCGGAGGAAGAUGCGCGUGGAGCUGCCCGCUGGAUUUGCUGAGAAGGCCCGGCAGGCGCAGGCCAUGGCUGAUGCUAACAGGUACAUACACCUGGAGCUGCCAGAGGUGAGGGAUUGGCGGCCGAGAAAGGCAGUGGGGCCGGAGGUGGGCGAGCAGGAGGUGUACGGCAUCGACCCCUACACACACAACCUGCUGCUGGACACGCUGCCUUUCAUGCCUCCUACUGAGACGGACGAGGAGAGGCACUCCUUUAUCGAGGAUCGCCUGCUGCCUGCCCUGAACCAGCUAGCAGCCUCGUUCAGAGGCAAGGUCCCCUUGGAGCUGGAUCUGAUGCCCGUGGUGGCGCUCAUGAAGAUUGACGCGGACAAGAAGGGCGACCAUGCGCUGAGGGACCUGUGCAAGACGCUUUACUCCGCCAUGCGGGCACGGAGGAACAUGAAGAAACCCGACAAGUACCUGGCUUACAGAAAGGGUCUGGGCGUGGUGUGCAAGGCGCCUGAGGGCAUUCCCAAGGAGGAUUUCGUGGUGGAGUUCUUUGGGGAGGUGUACCCUCCGUGGCGGUGGCACGAGAAGCAGGACGGCAUUCGCAUGAUUCACAACAAGGAGGCUGUUUCUGAGUUUUACAACAUUCUGCUGGAACGGCCAAAGGGUGACGAGGCGGGGUACGAUGUGUUGGUGGUGGAUGCCAUGCAUCGAGCCAACUUUGCUUCUCGCCUCUGCCACUCCUGCAGCCCCAACUGCGAAGCCAAGGUGGUGGCAGUGGACGGGUCGUACAUGAUCGGGGUGUACGCCAUCCGCCACAUCUUGCCAGGGGAGGAACUCACAUUCGACUAUAACUCCGUCACUGAGAGCGUAGAAGAGUACAAGCAGGCCGUAUGCCUAUGCGGCCACCGCUACUGCAAGGGCAGCUACCUGCACCUGGGGGGAGGGCAGUCGUACACGCACGUGAUAAGCCAGCACCAUGCGGUGGUGCGGCGGCAUGCGCUGCUGCUGAUGGCGUCAACAGGGGGAGGCAUCACGGAGGCCGAGGAGAGUGCUUUGCGCCGGGCUGGCAUUGGCAGCAGCUUGCUCUCUGACCUCCCAGAUUGGGCCAUCCGCUACACUGCCCUGCUUGUAAGGGCAGGCAUCACGGAGGCCAAGGAGAGUGCUUUGAGAAGGGCCGGCAUCGGCAGCAGCCUGCUUUCGGAGCUUCCGGAUUGGGCCAUCCGUUACACCGCCUUGCUGGUGAGUGCUGCUGUGCUCUCUCCACUAGCGCUUGACCCUCAACUAGCGCCUUACGGAAAAGGGGCGGAUGAAAGGGUAGGAGGAGGAGUGUGUAAAGUUGAGGAGGGAGAAGGAGGGGGAGUAGGAGGUGGAGGCGGAAGAGGGGGAAUAGGGGAGCUUGCUUCUGGUGCUGCUGGUGUGAAUGGUGGGAGGCGCGAUGGGAGUGGGGAUGGGAAGAAGGAGGAAGAUGAGGCAGAUGUGAAGGCAGAUGUGAAGGCAGAUGUGAAGGCAGCUGCAGCAGGAAUUGAGAGGAUGGAUAUGGCAGGGAGAGGCAGGGAAGGGGAUGGUGGUCGCGGCGGCGGCAGUGGUGGUGUUGCUGCUGCCGAUGCUGGUUGUAAGGUCAAUGGAAGUGCAAAAGGAGCUGCUGCUGGUUGUGAUGUUCGUGGCGUGAACGGUUUUCACAGCAAUUCAUUGAAGAAUGCUGGUGUAGCUGCUAGUGCGGUUGGGAACGGUGCUAGAGAUGGUGCGAGCGGUGCAGAGGGGCAUGAUUGCAAUGAUGGCAACAAUGGUGAUGCCAAGGGUUGUGAUGGUAAGGGUUGUGAUGCCAAUGGGGCUGGUUCUAGUAACGGGGAUGGUGAUAAGGAGGAUACUGAGAGUGAGGAGAGUGAGGAGGGGAGCGACGAGGAAUACGCUCAGGAGGAGGAAGAGGAGGAUGAUGAGGAUGGGUACUCGUCAGGUGAGGAGAGGAGGCGGAGGAAGAGGAAGAAGAGAGAGAAGCAGCAGAAACAGAAGCAGCCGGAGCAGCAGGGUCAGGGGCAGCAGAAGCAGGAGCAGCAGGAAGAGGAAGAGGAGGAUGAGGAGGAGGGGUGGGAUUUGGAAGAAGAUGCCAGAAACGAGGCUGAAGGAGUCUACCUAGGUCGCUUACAGAACCUAGCGAUCACAAUGGACAGGGUGCGAUACUGCCUCAAGUCACUCUACGGAGAUCCCAAGGCCGGCCCGCCGCCCCUGCGCCUGGUGACGGCGCACGAGCUCGUGCGCAAGGUGUGGGGCGGCGAGGGCUCCGUGGUGGCGGUGCUGCUGCGCUGCAUCGCUCUGCACCUCGACCGCCCGGCGUUUGUGGCGUUCCGGCAGCGCGUGAGGGAGAGGACACCUAAACCCAAUGCUCACGCGCUCAAACGCAGCCUAUUGUGGCUGCGGGAUGAGCUGCUUCAGCUGCCCGUGACUGCGGGCAGCCGAAACGACGCAGCGGCCGAUCUGAUCCAUCUAUACGCCUACACCACCAACGUAUUCGCCUUGCACGAGUACCCCCCUUUCGACUCCCCACCCAUGACCAUAGUUGCAUCUGACCUCGGCCGAAACAUCGCCUCGCCCUCUCCCUCCGUCCCACCGCCCUCCUCCUCCUCCUCCUUCGCGCACUACCCUCAGCAAGACGAGUGGGAGUGGGUGAAGGAAUACGACAGCGAUUACAUUUCCGGGCAGCUGAUAUUUUGGUUCAAGCAGACGCUGGUGGAUCCGGGCAAGGCGUUGAGGGCGUUGAGAAGGGGGUGUCUUCUCUUGCCAGACCCAUCGUCUUGUUACUCCAAGAACCCGCUGCAAGCUCUGCCGAGGGCGUAUGGGCAGAGGGAGAGGAGGUCGCUGCUGCAUCGCAUGGUGAGCUCUGUCAGUGAUGAGUUAUGUUGA